CUUCAGUUCAUUGUUUUUUAAUCUGAUGAUGUUGUCAGCAGUUUUGCUGAUUUCAUUUGAUUCUAUUACCAUUCAAUAAGAUAGCCAACCCUUGUUUUUGCACCUAAAAUUUUCUAGUUCAUUUAAAAUCUGAUUUUUUCAAGUUUUUUAGAAAAAUGAGUGAAGCCAAUGAAAUACGUAGAAACGAAAUUGAGGCUUUGUCAGCAAUCUAUGGUAAAGAUUUUACAUUGCAUGACGAUGAAACAUUUGAUUUAAGGAUUUGUUGUGAUAAAGAAAAAUGGUGGGCUGUGACCAUUUCUGUUUUGCUUCCGACAACUUAUCCAAAUAAAGAUCCUCCAAUCUUUGAAAUUCACACAGAAUGUUUGUCUGGAGAAGAACUGCAGAGUAUAUAUUCACAGCUUGAUCUUCUUUGGAAGGAAAAUAUGGGGGAAAGUAUUUUACAUAUUUGGACUGAGAAGAUACGCGAUAUGCUGUUCGAAAAAUACGAAACUGCAAAGUUAUUCAUUGAAUCAUCUGCUGAGGAAAAAGAAAGAGAACGGUCGCUGACAGAUCUGAUGAGAGGUGAAUCAUCAGAAGAUAUGUUCCAUCAACAACAAAUGGAAGAAGAAACGCCACGAUCAACAAAAAAAUUGAGUGAUAGUGAAGUACCUAAGAUCAUUUCUGGAGAAACAAUUACAUUGAAAAAAAGUACAUUUCAAGGCCAUGUCGCUAUUGUCCAUACUUUAGAAGAAGUCAAAUAUGUUUUACGAAAACUAAAAGAAAAUCGUAAGGUGGCACAAGCAUCACAUAAUAUUCUUGCGUAUCGCCUUAGUGGGACUAAAGAGAAUUCUUACAUUCAGGAUUAUGCUGAUGAUGGUGAAGUUAACGCAGGUGGACGUUUACUUCACCUGUUGCAAAUUAUGAAUGUUGAGAAUAUUGUUGUGGUAGUUUCGCGUUGGUAUGGUGGUAUACUUUUAGGACCAGAUAGAUUUCGUUUGAUUAGUAAUUGCGCAAGGGAAGUUGUUGUUGCUUCAGGGUGUUAUACUCCCAAGCAAGAAAAAAGUAAACACAAACAACGAAAACAUUAAUUUUCAAUAUUUUUAGCUAAAAGAUGUAAAUUAUUUUAUUUUAAAAGAUUUAUGUUAUAUCAA